CAUGCUUUAAAAUGUCUCUAAUAAGACUACACUACUCCGUAUCUCUGUUGAUCCUCUUCUCGCUCGAUGAAUAGGAAAUAUUUAAAAUAGCAUUUAUGGUAAUCUUCCCAAAACAUAAAAUCCCUUUGAUAUAAUUAAAAAUAUUACACUUCAGGGCAGCCCAAACUUGGCUACCUUGAGGAAACAUAAAGGAUACAGAUAUUGAAAGAUUUUAGGCAUAUUAGCAAGGUACUUUGUAAUAUAAACUAGGAUUUUCAGACAGGUUCCAGAUAUAUUAACCACUCACAGCUCAUAAAAGUUUAAGAGAAAUCUGGACAUUUCCAAGUGUUUAUAUGAAUUUUAUGAAGUUUUCUUCAUCCAAAAUUUCCCAUUCUAAAAGUAGGUACUUCAAGUUGUACGGCUUGGCAA